AUGGAGCAAUCUCACAGGUGGCAUGUCGACAGGGGUGAUGGGCAUCCAGCGGAGCUGCAGGCAAAGGCUCGGGUGCUGGUGCCAGGCGGGAGUAGUUGGCCAAGAGCGGAAAACCAUGGCAGCGUCGGGCUUGAAAACCAGGUGAUAGAAACCUGCCCCCCAGUUCCUUGGGCUCACUAUAUGCAGACCCCACUCAGCAAUGACAGCCCCCAGAACCACACGGCCUCAGAGGACAGGCCUUCUCAUCCCGAGAUCUACAGCAUUGCCCUGUGGGGGCCCAAACUGCAUUCGGCGCUGACCAGGCACAGAGGGGGGCGGUCCAAUGCACAGGCCUCCCCUCCGGCCUCCAAGCAUCUUGAUCCGCCAGGAGAGGGAGACGCCGCAGACGAAGGGUCCAUGGUGUUGAUUGAUGCUGAAGGGGUGCCCCACACUGUGUCACGCCAAGAGGUCGAGCAGGCUGGGCAGAUGCAAUCCUCUGAGCCCGAGCUAUUGGCAUCAGCCCCGCCGCCCCGGCAGCUGUACUUCUGCCCCAUUUGCCUACGGACGUUCCUGUACCAGUCGGACCUGGAGCGCCACAGCAUCACCCAUUCGGAGAGCAAGCCGUACGUGUGCCGCGAGUGCGGCAAGGCUUUCAAGCGCUCCUCGCACCUUCAGAGGCACAAGCACAUCCACACCGGCGAACGGCCCUUCAGUUGCCCGGUCUGCCGCAAGGGCUUCCGGGAAUCUGGGGAGCUCCUGCGCCACCAGCGAGUCCACACCGGGGAGAAGCCGUACCAGUGCCAGAUCUGCCGGUUGCGCUUCACGGAGCGCAACACCCUCCGCCGACACGCCAAGCGCAAGCAUGCCCGUGAGACCUACUACCAGCGCUCCGUCGAGGAGGGAGGCGGCAGCUGGACAACGGCAGGAGACUGGGAAUCGGAAGUGGUGGCGGGAAGCGGUGACUGGGGGCCAGAGGAACUUGGGAGUGGCUGGACCAAUGAAUCGGUGGAGGACUGGGUCGGGGAUGGGAGCCACUGGGGAGAAGCUGCAGAAGGCGGGGCAGGAAGCACUCCAGUAGCUAUGUCACAGAUACCAGAGACAGAACACAGCAAGGACAAAGACAAGCCUGGGAUCCAGCCCUCAUAA